UUCAGAAACAUGUUUAUUUAGAGCACACACACACACACACACACACACACACACGGGGGCCGGCGGGCUCCAGUAAACAGCGCCCCUGGUGGCCGGCGGUCUCCCCGGGCAGCUGGGGGAUUUCCUGGGCGGAAGCAGCGGAGGGGGUUUCCAGUGUGAUCAGCCCAGUCCUCCCCGUUGGAUCUGUUAACUGGAUCCCAGUGACUUCUCUCUCUCAGACAGGACCGACAGAACCCGUACGGCCCGCAGAACCCUGAACCUGAACUCGGACCAUGAGGAGUCCGUCUGAGGCCUGGAGGCUCCGCGGCACCGGCGGGUUGAUGGUUUGAAUCCCGGAGACAGUCCACCGAGCCGAGGAGCUGCUGAGCUGAGCAGUGGGCCCUGAGCAGGAGAUUCAUGUCAUGUCAGCGGGCAGGAGUGCUGACGGGAGGGAGGUGCAGAUUCCCCUCCAGCAGGUGGCGCCCUCCCUGGCCACGCCCCUCUCAGUGGUCCCUCCCUCUCACCGCCCAACCAAUCCCUGGCCUCCAAGUGAUUGUGCUGCUUCACAAGGUGUCCCGGCAGGUUUCCUGCCUCUUCAUGGAGGAUUCAGAGAUCAUUUUGUAGAGACUCCGGAAGGUAAAUACUGCUGCGAGGCCUGCAGGCUGGUCCUGUGUCAGCCCCGUCAGACUGAGUGUGGUCACCGCUUCUGUCAGAGCUGCAUCAGCGACAUCCUCAGUCGUCCAAACCCGGUAUGUCCAGCUGACAAUGAACGUCUGUUCAAAGACAAGAUCUUCAGAGACAUUUGCUGCCAGCGGGAGAUCAUGGCGCUGAAGGUUUACUGUCGCAGUGAAGCUAACGGCUGUCAGGAGCAGAUGAGUCUGCAGCAGAUACCUGACCACCUGAAUGUGUGUCCGUUCUUUGAGGUUCCCUGUCCGUUGGGUAAAUGUAAAGAGCGAAUGAUGAGGAAAGAGAUUCCAGAUCACCUGAGCUGGAAAUGUAAACACAGAGAGACCAGCUGCGAGUUCUGCAUGAUCAAGAUGCCUUUGACUGACCUACAGAAACACAAAGAGACGGUAUGUCCAGCAUUUCCAGUGUCGUGUCCAAACCACUGCACCUUCUCCUCUCUGCCACGCAGUGAGCUGUCAAAUCAUCAACAUGAUUGUCCCAAAGCUCAGGUGAGCUGUCAGUUCCAUCGAUAUGGCUGCACCUUCAAGGGUCUGAAUCAGGACAUGAGGCAACAUGAGUCCACCUUCGCAGCCGAACAUUUGAGAAUGAUGGCAAACCGAAACUCCUCAUUAGAAAACAAGGUGGAGGAUGUUAAAGGUGAGCUGUUAGAGAGGUAUAAGUUGCUUCCUGGUCUCAGCGGCCGUGUUUCUGAGCUGGAGAACCAGAAUGAUGAGCUGAGAGAGAAGAAUCGACAGAUGGAGCAGAAACUGGCCACCAUGCAGAAACUGAUGAGUUCUCACUCAGAGAAGCUUUUGGAGGUGGAGCUGGAGCUUCGUUCUCUCCGUCUGCUCAGAGACGAGGUGGAGACCCUGAGAGGAACGCUGGAGAAUGUCCGGACACGACUAAAUGCUCUGGAACAGGGGGGACGCAGCGGGACUGGAUCCACAACACAUACUCUGGCUUCCCUGGAGACUCAGCUGAAUCGCCAUGACGACAUGUUGAGUGUCCAUGACAUCCGAUUGGCCGACAUGGACCUGCGUUUCCAGGUACUGGAGACGGCGAGCUACAAUGGGACUCUGAUCUGGAAGAUUCGUGAUUACAAGAGACGGAAACAAGAGGCAGUAGCGGCGAAGACACUGUCGCUGUACUCGCAGCCAUUUUACACCGGGUACUUCGGGUACAAGAUGUGCGCUCGUGUCUACCUAAACGGAGACGGGAUGGGCAAAGGGACACACCUGUCGCUGUUCUUUGUGGUGAUGAGGGGCGAGUACGACGCCCUGCUACCCUGGCCCUUUAAACAGAAGGUGACCCUGAUGCUGAUGGACCAGGGUCCGUCCAGGAAACACCUGGCUGAUGCCUUUAAGCCCGACCCGAACAGCAGCAGUUUCAGACGUCCUGCAGCAGAGAUGAACAUCGCCUCCGGCUGUCCUCUCUUUGUGUCUCAGAGCGUCCUGGAGACAGGCAGCUACAUCAAAGACGACACCAUCUUCAUCAAGGUUACGGUGGAUACGUCUGACCUCCUCGACCCAUGACGUUGUGACUCGCUGGCCUGAGAUCAGCUCACCUGUCCACACCCAGCAGAGCAAAGGCAGAUGGGAAGGAUCGGGCCGUUCGUCUUUUCUGAGAGCGAUACAGACAGACAGAGAAGAAGAAGAGACAGACAGGAAGCAGCCAAUCAGAAUGAACUUUACAGAGACCGAAGGGCGGGUCCUCUUUUGAUUAGCGAAUGGACUACAGAACUGCGUGUGUGUGUUUGUGUGAAUGGAUCAGUGUUACCAUGACAUCACCGUGGUGAUAUCACUCAGAGCCAACAUGGCUGCUGCAGCAAGAACAUUGUUGCUGCUCAUUACUGAUGCCGUGCAUCGAGCUUUACUUCCUGUUUUUUUUCUUGUUUACCAAGGCAUGCUGGGAAAUCCAUGGCAGCCACAGAGGAGCUCUGAAAAUCUGUAAAGAUCAGUAGAAACCAACAGGAUCCAGUAGUAACUAUACACAGGAGAUUCUCCCACAGGGCCCAGUAGAGUCCAGUCUCAGGUCCAGUGGGUCUGCUGGAGUUCCUCUGUGGCCUCUGAGUUUUUCAGUGUGGAUUCAUCGACUCAUUUGAUUCAUUUGCACAGUCUGAAUGUUUGUUAAAGUGUGAAAAUAAAAAUACAAAGAAACUCUA